UCCAUACGUAGCAAAAAGUACAACUUGAAAACAACAUAUAUUUAAUGCGAACUAUUUUCAGUCACAUGAAGGUUCAAUACAAUCUGAAACACCGAUUGCAAUUUCAUCUUCUUACUGCUGCUUGGUUUUUGCUGUAUUAUGUCCUUGUUCAAAUGAGAAUAAACGCGAAUUAUCGUAAUUCUACAAGUUUUGAUGGAUAUAUUAAGUCAGUUGAUGCACAAUUUCUAUGUACAUCCAGAGCAGAUAUUUUGUCAUAAAUUAUCUUAUUGGAUACUAUUACAUAGGCAGCCAGUCGUUUAACAUGUGGUGAUGAUUCAGUGGGGUGAAGAGCUGGAACUAUUGAACAAGAAGUCAUAAAUACCCGUCAUAAAUGGAUUGUUAAAUGAACGUCCAGUGCAGAUAUAUUGUCAUCAAUUAUUUUAUCGGAUAACAUUACAUAUUGAGCCCAUCGUUUAACAUGUGGUGAUGAUUCAUUGGAGUUAAGAGCUGGAACUUUGGUACAGAAAUUAUAAAUACCCGUAAUAAAUGGAUUGUUUAAUAGUUGCGCUUACUAGGCGUAAUUGUUUUAUUACCAGUGCCAUUCGUCGAUAUGGAAAUGUCCCGUCCCCUCCUGGUCAUUGCGGUUCUGGCGCACCUGGUCGUCAUGGGAGCUGCUAAACCACCACAUAUCAUUUUCAUUGUGGCCGACGAUUUGGGAUGGAACGAUGUUGGCUGGAAUAAUAACCAGAUGUUCACGCCCAAUCUGGAUAAGAUGGCCAGUGAAGGCGUCAUCCUAAACUCCUCAUACAUACAGCCCGUCUGCACACCGUCAAGAAACUGCUUCAUGACUGGAUAUUACCCCUUUCACACUGGACUUCAGCAUGGCACAAUUCAUCCAAACCACCCUGGAUUCAUGCCGUCAAAUUUUACCACCCUCCCACAAAAGCUGAAAGAGAUUGGCUAUACCACCCAUAUGGUCGGAAAGUGGCACCUCGGAUUUUGUAACUGGAAGUACACGCCUACAUUCCGGGGGUUCGACUCAUUUAUGGGCUUUUUCAGCGGCGCUGAGGACUAUAAUACACAUAUAAGAGAUAACGGAUAUGACUUCUGGUUCAACCAAUCCGUGCACCAUCCCCCGGAAGGCGAGUAUUCGGCCAAUGUGAUAUCUGCGCGUGCAAUUGAGAUUCUUGAUACUGUAGACCCAGUGAAUGAACAGCUCUACCUCUAUCUGCCAUUCCAGUCCGUGCACGCACCUCUUGAGGUUCCUGAACGCUAUGAAAGCAUUUAUGCAAAUAUUUCAACCAAGAGCAGGCGUACCUACUGUGGCAUGGUUUCUGCACUGGACGAGGCGGUCGGGAACAUAACUGACGCCUUGAGAGACCGGGGAUUCAUGGACAAUGCUCUCAUCGUCUUCACCACUGACAACGGCGGAGCGACGUGGGCGGGCGCGAACAACCUGCCGCUUCGGGGCGGCAAGACGACGCUGUGGGAGGGUGGCACCCGAGGGGCGGCUUUCGUCUACAGCGACUACCUCCUCCAGAAAACCGGAUACACAAACAACGAAAUGAUUCAUGCUGUGGACUGGUUCCCAACACUUCUUACACUGGCAGGAGGAAAUCCCGACGCAGGUAUGGACGGCGUGAAUCAGUGGCCCACCGUCAGUUCCGGAGCUCCAUCCGCUCGCUCGGAGUUUGUCUACAACAUCGACGAAAUUGCCAAGAAUGCAGCCAUCAGGGUUGGCCAAUAUAAGCUGAUUGAAGGCUCUCCGGGCAUCUUUAACGGAUGGACGCCACUGCCGCCACUGGCAGAUUCGGCCUUAUCAAAUGGGCCCUUUCCAGAGCAUCAAUUGUUCGACCUUCAAGUGGACCCGACGGAGCACCAUGACAUAGCAAGUGACCAUCCAGAUGUUGUUUCCAAAAUGCUGGGCCGCCUCAGUUUCCACAAGGCGACAUCGGUACCCGCCAAUAAUCCGCCCGCCGACCCCGCCUCCGACCCAAAUAACUUCGGCGGCAACUGGUCACCAGGAUGGUGCUAGGGCUGCUCAACAAUUUAAUACUCACUUUCAAAAUAUUUGUGAAGAAAUAAUCUAUAAUUAACAAUAAAUAACUCUCUAAAAUCAUGUUGUUUUUUUUACAAUUUAAGGUAGA